GGCGUCGCCGUGCGGGGAGGCGGCGCGGCAUGGCGGAGGGCGCGGCGCUGCGGGCAGUGCGGGGCUGCCUGGCCGCCUUCCCGCGGGAGGCCCGCGAGCUGGGGUGCGUGGAGUCUGUUCCGUAUCUUGAUAGGCCUCCGUCCCCGCUGGAGUUCUAUCGGGAGUGGGUGAGCCCAAAUAAACCCUGCAUCAUCCGGAAUGCCAUUGGCCAUUGGCCAGCGCUGCGCAAAUGGACCUUGGCGUACCUCAGGGAGGUAGUGGGCCACAAGGUAGUGAGCGUGGCAGUAACACCCAACGGUUAUGCAGAUGCAGUGUUCCAUGACCGUUUUGUCAUGCCAGAGGAGCGCCAAAUGCCUUUCAUGGACUUUCUGGACAUUGUGGAGAAGAAAGUGACCUCUCCCAGUGUAUUCUAUGUGCAGAAGCAGUGUUCAAACCUUACUGAGGAGUUCCCUGAACUGAUCUGCGAUGUGCAGCCUGAUAUACCAUGGAUGAGUGAGGCACUCGGGAAGAAGCCUGAUGCUGUGAAUUUCUGGCUUGGGGAAUCAGCUGCUGUGACAUCUUUACAUAAAGAUCAUUAUGAGAACUUGUACUGUGUGAUAUCUGGAGAGAAACGGUUUCUACUGCAUCCACCAAGUGACCGUCCCUUCAUUCCAUACGAGCUCUAUCAGGCAGCAACUUACAAAGUGUCAGAAGAUGGCUCAUUUGAAAUUGUGGAUGAGAAGACUGCAGAAAAGGUGCCCUGGAUCCCUCUGGACCCUUUGAACCCGAAUCUGGAACGAUAUCCAGAGUAUGCUCAGGCAAAACCUUUGCAGUGUACAGUGAAAGCUGGCGAGAUGUUAUACCUACCUUCCCUCUGGUUCCACCAUGUUCAGCAAUCACAUGGCUGUAUAGCAGUGAAUUAUUGGUAUGACAUGGAAUAUGACCUCAAGUACAGCUAUUAUCAACUGCUAGAUUGUCUUACAAAAGCCAUGAAAGUGUUAUAACAGAAGUGGGACACUGGAACUUUCAGUCUUUCUCAUGUGAUGCAGUCAUCAGCAUCUGUGACUGGAGUUGGAGCACGAUACAAGUGAAAAGAGCUAAGCACUGAAUUAGCCUCAACAACAUCUGUUGGACUAUUUUGCUAUUUUGCUAUAUGGCUGUUUUGCUUGAUUUUAGAGUCUCAGGUCAAUUGGCCAGGUUUUCUGGCUUGUAAGUAGAAGAUGUGGCAUCAGAAUUUUUAGGUCUUUGCAUAUUGCACUGGUGAUGGCGAGCAAAAUAAAAUUUGAAGGGAAGGAA